AUGGAGGACGAGGAGGGUCCCGAGUGCGGCAAAGCCGACUUUGUGCUUCUGGACCAAGUGACUAUGGAGGACUUCAUGGAGAACCUGAAGCUCAGGUUCGAGAAGGGCCGCAUCUACACCUACAUCGGCGAGGUGCUGGUGUCCGUGAACCCCUACCAGCAGCUGCCCCUCUACGGGCCCGAGGCCAUUGCCAGGUACCAGGGCCGCGAGCUGUACGAGCGGCCGCCCCACCUGUACGCCGUGGCCAAUGCCGCCUACGGGGCGAUGAAGCGCAGGUCCAGGGACACCUGCAUUGUCAUCUCAGGAGAGAGCGGUGCCGGGAAGACCGAAGCCAGCAAGCACAUCAUGCAGUACAUCGCGGCUGUCACCAACCCCAGCCAGAGGGCUGAGGUGGAAAGGGUCAAGGAUGUGCUGCUCAAGUCCACCUGCGUGCUCGAGGCCUUCGGGAACGCCCGCACCAACCGCAACCACAACUCCAGCCGCUUCGGCAAGUACAUGGACAUCAACUUCGACUUCAAAGGAGACCCCGUGGGGGGGCACAUCCAUAGCUACCUGCUGGAGAAGUCUCGGGUCCUCAAGCAGCACGUGGGUGAAAGGAACUUCCACGCCUUCUAUCAGGUGCUGCAAGGCUGCGAGGACAGAGAGCUGCAGGAGCUGCACCUGCAGAGGAACCCUGCACUGUACAACUUCACCCGCCAGGGCGCGGGGCUCAGCGCUUUGGACAACGACGAGAGCACCCCCCACCGGGCGGUGACGGAGGCCAUGAGGGUGAUCGGCUUCACUGAGGAGGAGGUGGGCUCCGUGCACCGCAUCCUGGCCGCCAUUCUGCACCUGGGAAACAUCGAGUUUGUGGAGAAGGAGGAGGGGCCCCUGGCUGUGGCCGAGGAGGUGCUGGUGGACCACGUGGCCGAGCUGACAGCCACGCCCCGGGAGCUGGUGCUGCGCUGCCUCCUGGCACGCACUGUGGCCUCAGGGGGCAGGGAAGUCAUUGAGAAGGGCCACACUGCAGCCGAGGCCAGCUACGCCCGGGACGCCUGUGCCAAGGCAGUGUACCAGCGGCUGUUUGAGUGGGUGGUGAACCGGAUCAACAGUGUCAUGGAAGCCCGGGACCGGGACCCCCGGCGGGAUGGCAAGGACACAGUCAUUGGCGUGCUGGACAUCUACGGCUUCGAGGUGUUCCCCGUCAACAGCUUCGAGCAGUUCUGCAUCAACUACUGCAACGAGAAGCUGCAGCAGCUCUUCAUCCAGCUCAUCCUGAAGCAGGAGCAGGAGGAGUACCAGCGGGAGGGCAUCGCCUGGCAGAGCGUGGAGUACUUCAACAACGCCACCAUCGUGGACCUGGUGGAGCGGCCGCACCGGGGCAUCCUGGCCGUGCUUGACGAGGCCUGCAGCACCGCGGGCCCCAUCACCGACCGCAUCUUCCUUCAGACCCUGGACACGCACCACCGCCACCACCCGCACUACACCAGCCGCCAGCUCUGCCCCACGGACAAGACCAUGGAGUUUGGCCGCGAUUUCCGCAUCAAGCACUAUGCCGGGGACGUCACGUACUCCGUCCAGGGCUUCAUCGACAAGAACAGAGACACCCUCUUCCAGGACUUCAAGCGGCUGCUGUACAACAGCGCGGACCCCACCCUGCGGGCCAUGUGGCCGGACGGGCAGCAGGACAUCACAGAAGUGACCAAGCGCCCCCUCACGGCCGGCACGCUCUUCAAGAACUCCAUGGUGGCCCUGGUAGAAAACCUGGCCUCCAAGGAACCCUUCUAUGUGCGCUGCAUCAAGCCCAACGAGGACAAGGCGGCUGCGCGGCUGGACGAGGGCCACUGCCGCCACCAGGUCGCGUACCUGGGGCUGCUGGAGAACGUGAGGGUCCGCAGGGCCGGCUUCGCCUCCCGCCAGCCCUACCCUCGGUUCCUGCUCAGGUACAAGAUGACCUGCGAAUAUACGUGGCCCAACCACCUGCUGGGCUCGGACCGCGCAGCCGUGAGCGCCCUCGUGGAGCAGCACGGGCUGCAGGAGGACGUGGCCUUUGGCCACAGCAAGAUCUUCAUCCGCUCGCCGCAGACGCUGGUGGCGCUGGAGCAGAGCCGCGCGCGCCUCAUCCCGAUCAUCGUGCUGCUGCUGCAGAAGGCCUGGCGGGGCACGCUGGCACGCUGGCACUGUCGGCGACUGCGGGCCGUCUACACCAUCAUGCGCUGGUUCCGGAAGCACAAGGUGCGCGCCCACCUGGCGGAGCUGUACCGGCAGUUCCAGGCGGCGCGGCAGCCGCCGCUCUACGGCCGGGACCUCGUCUGGCCACCGCCCCCGGCCGUGCUGCAGCCUUUCCAGGACGCCUGCCGCGUGCUCUUCUGCAGGUGGCGGGCCCGGCAGCUGGUGAAGAACAUCCCCCCGUCAGACAUGGCCCAGAUCAAGGCCAAGGUGGCCGCCAUGGGGGCCCUGCAGGAGCUCCGGCCGGACUGGGGCUGCCGGCGGGCCUGGCUGCAAGACUACUUGUCAUCCGCCGCCGACAACCCCACCGCCUCCAGCCUGUUCGCUCAGUGCCUGAAGACGCUACGGGACAAGGAUGGCUUCGCGUGUGUCCUCUUCUCCAGCCACGUCCGCAAGGUGAACCGCUUCAACAAGCGCCGGGACCGCGCGCUCCUGCUCACUGACAGGCACCUGUACAAGCUGGACCCCGGCCGGCAGUACCGGGUGAUGCGGGCCGUGCCCCUGGACGCGGUGACCGGGCUGAGCGUGACCAGCGGGCGGGACCAGCUGGUGGUGCUGCACGCGAAGGGCCAGGAUGACCUGGUGGUGUGUCUGCACCACUCGAGGCCGCCGCUGGACAACCGCGUGGGGGAGCUGGUGGGCGUGCUGGCCGCACACUGCCAGGGGGAGGGUCGCCCCCUGCAGGUCCACGUGUCCGACUGCAUCCCCCUGACCCAGCGUGGCACCCGGCGCCUGGUGUCUGUGGAGCCCACGCCGGGGCAGCCCCAGCCCGACUUCCGCUGCAGCCGUGGAGCCUUCACCCUCCUGUGGCCGAGCAGCUGAGCCCACCUGUGCUCUGAUCCGGGUGCAGCGAGGCCUCUGGCCUCACAGAAGGGACAGCUUCUCCGCCCACAUCCGCCCCUUGAGAAUCCCCCCCAACGCUGAGCAAGAAAGGAUGCUGGGCCCACCCUGGCCGGUGUGGCUCAGGGGACGGAGCGCCAGCCUGCGAACCAAAGGGCCGCCGGUGCGAUUCCCAGUCAGAGCGCAGGCCUGGGCUGUGAGCCAGGUCCCCAGCAGGGGGUGCUCAAGACAACCACACACGGAUGUUUCUCUCCUCUUUCUCCCUUCCCCUCUAAAAAUAAAUAAAUAUUAAAUUAAAAAAA